AUUCGGUAGCCCUGGAACCAGAAGCAAUGUAUCUGCAUCAUCCUGCCUGUGUGCACAGGCUGAGGAUCCCUGCUGAGACACGGACUUUAUUAGCUCAAGUACAGAUCAUCUAACUCAGCUGUGCGUCUUCCCAGGCAAAGCGUGCAUCUAUGCACAGCACCACGCAGAUGGGUGAAGGCAGUGUUUACGCUGUGAAAUGCAGCACUCUGUUAGAAAUGGCUUUGAAGACCUGGCUUGACGUGAAGCCCUGAGGAUGUCCCUUUGGAGUUCUGUCAGACGAGAAGCUUCCCUUUGUAGCUGGUGGAAAGAAAGAAUUGACAGAUCUGAAGACGGGGUUAAAGCUGCAGUUCUUAACACUGAACUGUUAGAGAAAAGGCAUCGUUGGCUGCGUGAGUUUCUGCUUGAUUUUAAUUGAAGAGAACGUUUACCUUUCCCACUGGUAAUUGACUGAAAGAAGAAUUAAACCCAAUGUCUAGUAUUCCCCAUUCAGUUCUUGAAGACUAAUGAACAGUUUUAUUGCCCGUGCUGAUUGAAUGGAAACAUACUGACCGAGCCAUGGUGUCAUGGAAAGGGAUAUACUUUGUACUUGCACUAUUCUUGGGAAGUUUUUUUGGAAGUAUAUUCAUGCUCGGUCCUUUUCUACCAUUGAUGUUUAUCUCACCGGCCUGGUAUCGAUGGAUCACCGAUUGCAUUGUGGCCACUUGGCUCACGCUCCCAGUGGCCUUGCUGGAGAUGGUGUUUGGUGCCAAGGUGGUUGUCACUGGUGACGGAUUUGUUCCUGGAGAAAGGAGUGUCAUUAUCAUGAACCAUCGCACACGAAUGGACUGGAUGUUCCUGUGGAACUGCCUGCUGCGAUACAGCUACCUCAGACUUGAAAAAAUCUGUCUCAAAUCCAGUCUUAAAAGCAUUCCGGGAUUUGGUUCCUUUGCCACUAUCAGUGGGUUAUGCAACAUCUGUACGGAUCAGCUCAUCAGGCUGAGUUACCUUUGUAGUCCUCCCAUAAGGAGAAUGGAGCAUCUGAAGAGGAUGCAGGCCUACAGAAGAGGCUGGGCGAUGCAGGUUGCUGCCUUCGUUUUUAUUCAGAGAAAGUGGGAAGAUGACAAAAGUCACUUUGAAAAAAUGCUGGAUUAUUUCUGUGACAUUCGGGAACCACUACAACUCCUCAUCUUUCCGGAAGGAACUGAUCUCACAGCCAAUACCAAAGCCCGUAGUAAUGAAUUCGCUGAAAAGAGCGGACUUCAAAAAUACGAGUACGUCUUACAUCCGCGAACUACUGGAUUCACUUUUGUGGUUGAGCGUCUAAGGGAAGGUGACAAUCUGGAUGCUAUCCAUGACAUAACUGUGGCAUACCCCCAAAACAUUCCUCAGACGGAGAAGCACCUUUUGAAUGGAAACUUUCCAAAGGAGAUUCACUUCCACGUCCGGAGGUAUCCCAUAGAGACAGUGCCCACUUCCAAGGAGGAGCUGCAGCUUUGGUGCCGGAAGCGUUGGGAAGAGAAAGAGGAGAGACUCCGACACUUCUAUGAAGGUGGAAAAUGCUUCAGUGCAACGGGGCAAAGCAUUAUUCCACCGUGUAAAUCUGAGCUCAGGGUCCUCACGGUUAAGUGCGUCUCCCUCCUGUAUUGGACGGUGUUCCCGCUGGGUAUGCUGGCACUGCUGUACCUGUACAGCUUUGCACGAUGGUAUUUUGCAGCCAUGAUCAUCUUUUUUGUUGUGCAGCAAAAGAUAUUUGGUGGGCUGGAACUAAUUGAACUCGCUUGUCAUCGAUAUUUUAAAAAGCAACAGAAAUUUCACGACACAAAAAUAAAAACCAAUUAGUUCUGGGGUAGGUAAAGACAUGAAAAUGGGUGGGUUUGAGAUGUCCUGCAAAGUUUAUGCACAGGGAAGAAUUUUUGCAUGAGAAUUGUCUUUUAUAAUCGCCAUUGUUAGACAUUUGCACUUGAUUCCGUGAAGAGAAAGAAAAAUGUUAGUUAUUGCUACAUGUGAAAAUGGUAGUUUUUAUCUCUGAAUGUAAUUUCAACAUUGCUCCUGCAAGCAGCUAGCAACUGCAUUCUGCUGUAAUUAAGAAACAAAUUGCUGGAUUACUGAACAAUCGUAAGGACGUUAAUAAAUGUGAGAUGCACUGAACUUUCACGCAGAAACCCAAACUGUCCAGCUAAGAGAGACAGAUGUACGAUUGCUGUAUAAUCCCAUUGUCGUACAGUAAGCACCGGAUUUGGAAAGCUGGUAAGUUUAACAAUGUUUCGAUGGUAGGUGGAAGUUGGAGGAGAAGUUGUUCUGUUUCUUUUUUUCUAUUUCAAAUACUCAAACUCAUUUUAAAAUAAUAUUUUUGCAUAAGCUUUUCCAAACACUACUGAACCUACCACUAUUCAACCAUUCUGGCUUGGUCACUCAGAAGGAUUUUUAAGCCUUGCAGUCUUGCGUUGUAGUACAGAAAACAGCGCUGGCUGCCUCCUUUUAAGUCUUAACUGAUUAUUUAAUAGGCCUCUGCGGCCAAGUUUUGAUUUCUCACUGUUUCGGUCUCCCUGUUAGCUGUGGGAGACCUGUUCCUACUGGUGUAUACAGAGCUGCGGGAUAGGGGAGCUGGUUUUUUGUUGUUUUAUUGGUGUUUUUUUCUGGUAGAGGCAAAAAUAUGUCUCUGAGUAGCUGGCAAAUGUGUUUUAAAAAGGUCUCCUUGUAGACAUUAUUUGAUUGAAAACAUUUUAUUUAUUUUUCAGAGUAGGCAAGAUAUCUUAAUUACAUUUUUUUUUAAAAGCAUUUAUUUUGGGUUUUGCAUUGCUUCCUUGGGCAUUUCAAGUGUCCAUAUCAAUAAGCAGGAAGACAGCUUGUUCCGUCUGUGUCAGCCAGACCUGUUGAAAUGCAUCUGAUGCAGCAGGUGUCUCCUUAUAGGUACAAGAGAUGGAUUUCAGACCUAUCACAGCACAGGGACAUUGAGCUACAUCUUCCCUUUGCGGUAUUGUCUUUGACUGUCUGAUGACAUCGUUGCUUUUCCAACCUCCUUCACAAUUUUUGGGGGGUUCUUUUGGGGCUCCCACUAUAACACUUUAUUUUCAUGACAUUCAGAAAAUCUGAAGGCUUAAACUCAGACAAGUCACUUUUCAGGUGUAUUCCUGGUCAUCUAUAAUACAAGCAAUGUUCAUGCUCACAUAGUAAAAGACAUAAAUAUUGCCAGCACUUAGGAGAGACUUCAGGUUAGAUUUGGUGUUCAACCUCAAAAAAUGUUAGACCACUUGAUCAAUUGUAUUGCUGCAAAACCUUCCUGACUUACUAUAUAUUUGUUGUUUACUGCGUAAAGGCUUGUUUGAGCUAAACCGAGGUGGCCUGGCUCCAUGCGUUGAGUGGCAUUGCCAUGGAAUGUAGAAGUACAGAGCACAAAAUGUGUCUUGUACUGUGCUCAGUAUCUCAAGCAUUGGGUCAGCGUGGGAGACGCAUCUGUUUUCUUCUAAAUUACAACACUAAACAUGUUGUCUAAUGUGUUUGUAUCCAAGGCCAUUUUCUGACCGAAUCACCAGCCUCUAUCCAACUGUCCCUUGCAAGGUGACAAGUAUUUUUUAAUCUAUGCUUAUAAUAACUGAUUGUUUAUUAUGCAGAAAGUAAUUGAAGCCAUCUGUUCUACUCUAUUUUUUUUAAUCCCCUUUUUCUUAAAAUGAAAUAAAGCUAGGUUUAUAUUUAGGGUUAUGUUUCUUAAUUAUUUUUUCAUAUUUAUAUUUGAGUAACUGACAACUGGUGUUUCGUUGUCACAAGUGGAAGGAGGUCCUUUCAGCACUACGAGGACUUUUUUUAACCUAAUUCUGUGAUACCAAGGGUGUGGUUGCAGCUUAAAUCGACAUAGCCUGGUUUUUGUUCACCUAAUACUCUGCUUUGGUGCAGUUCCUUGCACAUCCAGGUAACUUUCCGCAAGGGAAAACCUAAAAACCUCAUUUAUGGUUAACGCAGAGGAGGCCUAAAAGGCUGCUUCUAGUCUGUCCUGAGCCACGGCUGUGCUUUCACACCAGGAGUAACCAUGGCCAGCCUACUCCGAUAGCCUUAACAUAGUCUUCAGGAAUGUCUUUGGAGGACAGGCUAUAUACGUUAUGUUGGUGACAUAAAUACCAGCUACGCUUUGCUCAGUCGUUCAGAGAACUCUGUGCUGUCGUAAAAUGUAUCAGAAACAUCGGCGUGAGUCUUGGUCAUGGAGUGGUGGAAGAUUUACGUCUGUCUGUGAUUAGAGUUGGGCUCUGAAAGAUCAAAUCAAAUGCAAUCCAUCGUUGACCCUUACAAGGGGUUUUCUCACAGCUGGAGCCAAACACGUAACCUACUGUAAUGUGGUAAACAUCCUGCAAAUCUGUAAUUCAUCCUCCUCUCUCGUAUACGCGGAGUGAAGAGAAAGAAUAAUUUCCUUGUCAGCUGCAAAUGUCACGUUUGCAGUGCCUGACUCCAUGAUGUGGGGUGGCACAUGGUAAGUGAAGAAUCCUCCUCUUACAGGGAAGGGUGUUGGCUGACGUAAAUUAUCAGAUUGUGUGCGUCGUUUUCCAGCUCAAUUAGAAAUACAAGACGGGAAAAAAAAUUGAAUAAGAAUAUUUGUGGGUAUGAAAUGUUCUUCGUUUAAAAAGUGGUUAAGGAAGUGGGGGAAGAUCUUUCUGUGAAUUUUUUUUUUUUCUCUCUCUUUUGUCAAAAUGUAGCUUUUUACUGAAAAGAUUCUAAUACACAGAUGUUUUAGAGACUAUUUUGUUCUUACUCACCCUGUUUCCCUAUUCGUAGUAUGCUAAGAUGUGCUGGGUAAGUCACUUUGAAAUGUUUUCAGUGCUCUUAGGUUAAAGGUGCUAGUACUCCAGGAAUCACACACACCUCUCUCUCGUGGGACGCAUAUUGGCACCAAGACUCAUCUCACUCAUGAGCACGUUUGUCACAGCUCACCUUCUCUCGUAGUCCCAGCAGCCGCACCGUUCAGCGGCGACUGCUCCGUCAGUGGGACCUACAGGUCUCGCUAGGUCUUGCUGACAUUGCCUGAGAUCAGUGGGGUGCUUUAGGGAUGCUACUCUCGUUCGCUCAAUCAGAUGUUUCCUCAUCAGCAUCAGGGGUUUCUUUCUCUUUGCUCAGAACAGAAGGUUGAAAUCCUGCCAUCUGUGUUUGUCAUCAAGCUCAUCUGGGUAGCAGGACGUCAGACCAAGACAUUUCUCUCUUGGGUUCGAAGCUGCAAGGCCCAAUGCUGAUCUGUAAGGUGUUGUCUUGAUCAUACGAAAUGUAGUUCCUAGUUCUGUGCAUUGCAUCAAUCUCUGUUGUUCAAAAAAGAUCUGUGUUUUUAUAACUUGAUUUUAUAUGUACACUGUGUGAAAGGAAACACCAGGAUACCACAAACCUACAGAAAGCCUUAG